ACUUGGGCUCCCCAGAUGAAGGGUCGGAGGCUGGCUCUAGCACCAGAACACCUGUGUGUCAGGUUGGUGUCCAUGUUGCUCUUGGGGAUCCCCUUUAUCUCGAAUAUCAGCUGUGACGUGAGAUCAGCACACUAUUCUUCUCAUGAAAUCGUCAUCCCCCAAAGUCUGACAGCCAAGGGGAGUAAAGACCCAGGAGAGAAGGUGUCCUACAUGCUGUUUAUGCAAGGCCAGAAGCAGCUGGUACACCUGAAGGUGAAGAGAGGCUAUUCUGUGGAUGACUUUCCAGUCUACAGUUACCACAAUGGUACCCUGCGGCAAGAGAUGCCUUUCAGCUCGCAUGACUGCCACUAUGAAGGCUACAUAGAAGGAGUGCCCGGUUCCUUUGUUUCUGUCGACACCUGCUCAGGCCUCAGGGGCGUCCUGGUUAAGGGGGAAACAUCCUAUGGCAUCGAGCCCAUGGUCUCUUCUGAACGGUUUGAACAUGUUCUGUACACCAUGGCACACCAAGGUCGAGUCUCCUGCAGUGUCAUGUCCAAAAACAGCCAAGAGGACGCCAGGCAGCGCCAAAAGAGUAGGAAGCUUCAACAUAUGCAGGAGACCUCCUUCUUGUGGUCACACACCAAGUAUGUGGAGAUGUUUGUCGUGGUCAACAACCAGAGGUUCCGGAUGUGGGGCAGUAACAUCAGUGAGACCGUGCGGGCAGUGGUGGACAUCAUUGCCCUGGUCAACAGCUUCACCAGGGCCAUCAACACGGAGGUAGUGCUGGCGGGAUUGGAAAUCUGGACUGAGGGGGACCUGAUAGAGGUCCCAGUGGACCUGCGAGUGACACUCAGGAAUUUCAACCGCUGGAGGCAAGAGAAGCUCCUCCACCGUGUGAGGCACGAUGUUGCCCACAUGAUCGUUGGGCAUCAUCCUGGAGAGGACACAGGCCAGGCGUUUGUCAACGGUGCCUGCUCCAGCGGAUUUGCGGCGGCCGUCGAGUCCUUCCAUCACGAAGAUGUCCUCCUGUUUGCCGCGCUCAUGGCCCAUGAGCUUGGGCACAACCUGGGUAUUCAGCAUGACAUUGAGGCCUGCACUUGUGAAGAGAGGCGCUUCUGCCUCAUGCACGCAAAUAUCACUAAACACAGUGGCUUCAGCAACUGCAGCUCCGACUUCUACUACCAUUUCCUUCACGAGCACAGAGGGGCCUGCCUAUUGAACAGACCGUGGCGCCCAAGCCGCCAGCGCAGGGAUGCCCGAUGUGGAAAUGGGGUGGUGGAGCCACCGGAGCAGUGUGACUGUGGCUCCGCUUGUGAAAGCAACCAAUGCUGUGAUACAAACUGUCAACUGAAAGGGGAGGCACAGUGUAGUAAUGAGCCCUGCUGUAGUCGAUGCCAAUUUAAAAAGAAGGGACAAAUUUGCCGUCAUACUGAAAAUCUAUGUGACCUUUUAGAGUUCUGUGAUGGAAUUUCUUCAUACUGCCCCGAAGACAGGGUGAUGCAAGAUGGCUCAAUAUGUUAUGAAUCGUAUCAGUGUCUCCAUGGUCAGUGCAUAGACCCUAACAGUCAGUGCUCACAGAUUUAUGGAUUUGGUGCCUUGUCUGCCCCAAAAGAUUGUUACAGUUCACUGAACAGCAAAGGAAACCGGUUUGGAAAUUGUGGUAUACCCUCCCAGCCUGGGGGAAGCUAUGCCACGUGUACAGAUGAGGAUAUAUUUUGUGGGAAACUUAUAUGUACAGCGGUUUCUUUCUUACCACCGAUCAAAGACAAGUACACCCUGAUCCAGGUACCUCACGAAGCGGGGUGGUGCUGGAGCAUGGAUGCCUUUGACAAACACGAUAUCCCUGACGAAGCAGUUGUACAGAAUGGCACUUACUGUGCCCCAGGGAAAGCUUGCAUGAACUCCCAUUGUGUUAAUUCUUCCUUCGUUCCAACUUCAUGCACACCAGAGGAAUCGUGUAAUGGGAAUGGAGUUUGCAAUGAUUUGGGGAACUGCCAUUGUAAUCCUGGCUUUGCUCCCCCCGACUGCAAAAGAAAAGGAGAUGGGGGAAGUGUGGACAGUGGUCCCCCUGGUAGCCCAACGGUUAAACCUCCACCACAAAGCGAUGGAGGUCAAGUUAAUCAAAGUGAUGAUGACUUGGAGCUAGAUGUACGCUUAUUAGCCAUGAGUAUAGUUUUGGGGUUAUUAGCAGUAUUUGUAAUUAUCUGCGGCAUCUGGGCUUAUAGACGCUCACAAGCUGCUGAACAAGAGUCUCCUUCAGAGUCCACAUCCUUGUCCUCUGAAGAGGUCUCAGAAGCUUCUGGAUCAGAAAAGAAAUAA